AUGGCCUUAAUUCAUUUGUUUCAGCGCCAAAUAUACCAUGUACAGACGACAAAGAUUGCUCUUCUAAGGCCAAGUGCGAGCAUGGACUGUGCGUUUGUCAAGGAAACCGAGUGGGAAACGGCCGCGAAUGCAGAGGUAACCAGUCAAGUAGACAAAUAAGAGCGACGUACUGAUGCUUAUCGUCGAGUCUUUGUUGCUCAGUGCUGCAUUUCGUCGGGGCGGGUAAUCCGAGGGUUUGAGGUUUAAUUCCGCACGAAGAAUAUUUCCUUUGUCUCACUUUUAUGACAUAACGAUAAAACAUCCCUCUCAUUUAUCAAGACAACGUUCUCCAUUUCGAGUCUCAUGAGAAAAAAAUGUGAAUUCUGAAUUUUUUAGACGCCAAGGUGUGCACAGGGAAAUGUAGACCAAAGAAAACCAAAGGUAUUAAGUGUCUCGUUGAUCCAAUGA